AUGAAUAGUACUACUGCCUGUUAUCGAUGUCGACAACAAAAAGUUGAUCGUGUUGGAACUUUGCAGAGUAACUUUCUAUCUUACAGCGUAAAUGUUCCCGAGACCUACCCAAGUGCCGGCGUUGCCGCGAAUUCGAAGCGGGCUGCGAAUAUCCGCUACCUCCUAAUCGAAGGCUGUUAG